CGGAUCCAAACCAAUUUUGUUCGUUCUCAUUCGAAGGCCAUAMAAAAUACACUUGUGAUGACUUUCAACGAUAAAUAUCGUGCUUCAUCACAAACGAAUUGACCACAAAGCGCYAAGCAUACAAGAAUAUGAUGCUCUCACCUUCAGCCGCCCGUAUGGGAGGCGCAAACACCGUUUUUCGUGAAAUGGUAAGAAACAAAGGCCGCCGCAGCUACUUGGCUUCUUCGCUGGGUCGCCGUUUUGGCACCUACCAAAAGGCGAGCCCCCUUUCUAGCMAUGGGAAUCGCCUUCCUUCGAAAUCCAYCAUCGCUGGUAACCGAAGCAUUCUCUCCAAUACCCGUGUGGCUCUUUCUUCURAAUCCGAWUUGUUUUCUGCCCGGUGGAAAUCAACGAUGGCUUCGUGCACYGAUUCCGACUCGGAUGAAGAAGACGAGGCCGAUCUCCAGAAUUCGAUCACCACCCGAAACACAGUCGGCGAGGGGGCCUUGUCUCACGAAGAGGCCUGGAUGAUCAAUCUAGGGCGGUCUGACAACAACGAAUGGCUCACCGGACCCCGUGAUCCCGACGAAUGGUUCACUGGAAAGCAGCCCAAGAUCUGCCCUGGAGUUGACGGAAAGGAGGUUGUCCGUUCCCUGCCUUUGCCACGACUCGAUGCGGUAACUCGAGAGUCUGCAAUGGAAUAUUUUGAUAAUUCGUGGACAUUGUAUGAGACCCUAUUUGCUGGAUUGAACGGGGAAGAAUAUUUUUACAGACCGCCACCGCACGGAUUGCGUCACCCCCAAAUAUUUUAUUAUGGCCACACAGCCUGUCUUUACAUCAACAAACUUCGAGUCAGUGGGGUUUUGGACAAACCUUGCAACGCCUAUUUCGAAAGCAUCUUUGAGGUUGGAGUAGACGAAAUGCUUUGGGACGAUAUGCACAAGAACGACAUGCUUUGGCCUACGGUUCGUGAGGUCCACGAGUACCGCCAACAGGUGUACGAAGUUGUAAAGGAUGCCAUUAUGAACCAUCCUGCUUUGGACGAUUCCAAUGGUCCGAUUACCGUAGAUCAAUCCCACCCKAUGUGGGCUYUAUUUAUGGGAUACGAACACGAGCGCAUCCAUCUCGAAACAAGUUCAGUAUUGUUUCGAGAGGCGCCAAAACACUUGGUUCAGGCACCAGCGAAUUGGCCYCCUGUCCAUCCAUCUGCUUACAACGAGACAACCUCAUCAAAUCCUGUUGAGGGCGUAGACUACCCUUCGAACGAAAUGAUAUCCGUAAAAAGUGACAAGGUAGACUUGGGUAAGCCAGCAAAUUUUCCGUCGUAUGGAUGGGACAAUGAGUAUGGAGAACGUACCGUUGACGUUCCUGACUUUUACGCUAGUGAACACAUGAUCACCAAUGGCGAAUACUAUGAAUUUGUCAAAGAAGGUGGGUACCGUUCUAAAGAAUACUGGUGUGAUGAUGGAUGGGCRUGGCGUACGCAUCGCAACCUAAAGUGGCCCUUUUUCUGGCAACAAAGCGGACCAGCGGGAUCCCAUGAAUACAACCUUCGAACCAUCUUUGAUGUAGUGCCCAUGAARUGGGAUUGGCCAGUCGACUGUACAUACUAUGAAGCCAAAGCCUUUUGUGAUUGGAAGGUAAGACAUUAUUAAUUGAAUACGGAGAGAGAAUUUCGGAAUGUUCUAGUUUGUGUGAUCAAAGGAUUUCGAGUGUUCUAACUUGACGGGCUUGAUGCUCACUUGUCAUUUCUUCGAAAUUGUCAUUUGCUAGACAAAAAAAUAUGGUUCUCCCACAUCGAAACCUUACCGUAUUUUGACAGAGGCUGAGCACCAUGUGAUUCGUCACAGAGACAAUAAUCUAGAAGCAGCACGCAAGGAUGUGUCGGCUGACAAGGUGAUGGUCACRUCAGGAGAAGAUUUCCCUGCAGGUUCGCAUGGAGCAAACCUUAACCUUGCUUUUUCAUCCCAAAGCCCCGUUGGCCAAUUCGACCCUUCUCAUACCGGCCAYCGCGACACAACCGGAAAUGCCUGGGAGUGGACAGAGGAUCAUUUCAAUCCGCUCAAAGGCUUCGAGGUCCAUCACGUAUACGAUGACUUCUCUACACCGUGCUUCGAUGGAAAACAUUCCAUGAUUGUGGGCGGAUCGUUCGCCAGUACCGGUGAUGAGGCAUCCGUCUUUGCUCGGUUCCACUUCCGUCCUCAUUUUUUGCAACACUCUGGAUUUCGUUUGGUAGCCUCUGACGAAGACGCACCCGCCACUCAUCUCUUCGCCGGAAACUUUGGGGGACAAGCUGCAGCUCGUGACGCAGCUAAUGCCGAAGCAGCAGAAAGCAAUCCUUCCAAUGAAAGUAUCAACGCCAACGACACCAAUGUAUACGAGACAGACGAUAGCUUGCACAUGUACCUAGGUCUCCACUACCCAUCGUCGGGAGCAAAAGAAGGAGUCUCUCCAAUUCUUCCCCACAAUCAGUCUCCCGUUCAUUGCACGCAUUUUCCCCAAAGAGUUGCACGAUUGCUGACCUCUCUCAAUCCCGAACGCACAACAAAUAAAGCCCUGGACAUGGGUUGCUCUGUUGGAGGAUCCUCCUUUGAACUCGCCAAAUCAUUCGAUCACGUUGAUGCCUUUGAUUUCAGCCAGAAGUUCAUCGAUGCUGCCAAGAGCAUGCAAGCCGGAGAAAAAAUGGACUUUAAGGUGCCCACCGAAGCCGAACUCUUUGAGACGGUAGAAGCCGUUCUCGAACCGGGAGUGACUCCUGAAGUAUCGAGUAAGGUAAACUUUUUUGUAGGGGAUGCCUGCAAAAUCGACGAGUUGUCGUCUGUCAAGGGAAAUGGCGGAAAGACAACUUACGACRGCAUCAUGAUGUCCAACUUGCUUUGUCGGCUGCCCGAUCCCGUUGCGUGCCUCAAUGGGUUGAGUAGCAUUGUCAACAAGGGUGGUGUCGUGGUCAUGGUGACACCUUUUAGCUGGUUGACGGAAUUCACUCCGCGUGGGAAGUGGCUCGGAGGAUUUUUGGAUCCGGUCACCAACGAAGAAAUCCGUUCUAAGGAUGAGUUGCAAGCCAUYAUGGAAGCCAACGGAUUCGAGAAAAUCCACGAAGAGGAAAUGCCUCUCAUGAUCCGGGAACACGCUCGCAAGUACCAAUAUAUUAUCAGCGAGGCUACCGCAUGGAAGAAAAAGUGAGAGUAUUGGCCAGAAAAGGAAAGUUUGUACUGAACGUGGCACCCUGUGAUGUCAAUCCAAUAUACAGUGAUGCUGUGUAGCAGAGGGGCGUUUAAAGAGGCAAAUACCCCUACCUCUAACUUUGCGUCCUGUUGUUGCUGGCAUUACAAACGGAUUUUCAAAUUUUUCCAAGUUGUAGAAAGUGCAGUGAUUCUAAAUUCCAA